AUGUUUGGUUCAGGUUUCUUCACUUCAAAAGUGGAAAACUAUAUACCAAAUAAACCUGUUAAAUUUAAAAAACCAAAUGAAGAAAAUCCAAAUAAAAUUGAAGAAAUUACAAUUCCAGAAUUAAUUAAAAUUGAAAUACCUGAAUUUUCAUCAAAUUAUUCGUUUUAUAUUAAUCCAUUAUUAUCAUCUGGACAUGUUCAAACUGCUUAUACCGCAUUAAAUAAUUUUGAAAAGUAUCAUCAUGUUCAUUAUAAAAGAGAAAUUUUAAAUAUAGAAAAUAAAACAUAUCAAGUUUCUGAUAAUAUUGAUUUAAAAUAUGAUCAAUGGAAAGGUGAAAGUACAAUAGCAUUAGAUUAUGCAAUUAACACUAAAGAUUAUAAACAUGAUGAAAAUCAUUUAAAUUAUAAACCAAAUUCACAAAGUAAAGAAUUACCUCCAAGAACUGAAUUCAAAAAUCCAAAAGAAGAAAUUAUAAAAAAUGAUAGUGAAAAACCUUUAUUAUUGAUAUUACAUGGAUUAUCAGGUGGAUCAUAUGAAGCAUAUAUAAGAGCAGUAUUAGAAAAAAUCAUUGAACCUCCUUAUAAUUUUGAUGCAAUAGUUAUAAAUUCAAGAGGUUGUGCAAAACAUACAAUAACUUCUCCACAAUUAUAUAAUGGAUUAUGGACAAAUGAUUUAAGAUAUGUUAUAAAUGAAUUUAUUACAAAGAAAUGGCCUAAUAAAAGAAUUUAUUUAAUGGGUUUUAGUUUAGGUGGUGCUAUAUUGGCAAAUUAUUUAGGUCAAGAAAGUAAUUCAAUAAAUUCACAAAUUAAAGGUGCUGCAAUGUUUGGUACUCCAUGGGAUUUCCCAGAUGGUGCAAUACAUUUAAGAGAAAGUAUUAUAGGUCAUAAUGUAUAUUCACCAACAAUGUGUAAUAAUUUAUUAAAAUUAAUAAACAAUCAUAAUGAUAUAAUGAUUGAAAAUGAAUUCAUUAAGGAAUUUAAAUCAAAUCCAACUAAAUAUAAAAUUAAAUUUUUAAAAGAUUUUGAUGAAAUUUUUACAAGUAAAUUAUUUGGUUUAAAUUCAGCAAAUGAAUAUUAUAGAUUAGCUUCCCCCAAUAAUAGAUUAUUAAAAAUUAGAAUUCCAAUUUUAAUAAUAAGUUCAAAAGAUGAUCCUAUAACAGGAUAUAGAAGUUUACCUUACUCAGAAACAGAAUUAAAUCCUUAUAUUACAAUGAUUACAACAACAAUUGGUGGCCAUUUAGGUUGGUUUAGUUUAAAUGGUGAAAGAUGGUAUGUUAAACCAAUUUGUGAAUUUUUUAAAAAAUUAAAUGAAUUUGAUAUUGAUGAAACAAGUAUAAAUCAAAAUGAUUUACCUUUAGAUAUUUCAAAAAGUUUUAUGUAUGAUAGAUUAGUAAAUCAAAUGAUUGUUGAAUAA